CGGUCCGGAUUGGAUCGGACCCACACCGAAAACACGUUUACGAAAGGAGCGGAACCAUGGGAUUGAGAAGGGAUCCUCUCGAGUACAUUUGGUAAGCCAUGCGGCUGGAUUCGGUUGGUGUCUUGGUGUCUUGGUGUUGAUUCCUUCUGGUCACUGGUGCUGGUGCUUCUUCUGGUGCUCUUGCUCAACGCAUUGCGUUUUUGUUUUUGUUUUCGUUUUAUUCCCCUCCGCCAGCAUGGCCUCGGAGGUCCACCUGGGAACCUCCCCCAACAGGGACGCGGUGGAGAUCUUUUUGGAAACCGCCCGGGCCGAGCAGGAGGCCCCCUCGGCUUCGGCUUCCACAGGCAGCGGGAGCGGGGUCACCUGCCUCUUUGUCUGGAUCGAGGGAGGCACCGGCAAGUGCCGGAUCGGCGAAACCCUCCCGGAGCGGUACGAGGCCGGGGUGGCCUUUGUCGGGAGCCCCGGCAAGGGGGGAGGCGUCGAAGCGGAGGAGAAGGAGGACGGGAGCAGCGCCGAAGGGGGGGCCGGGGUCGAAGGCCAAGGCGAAGGCGAGGCCGCCCCGGUGGUGAGGCCCCGGAUCCCCCUCCAGUGCGUCACGCUGCAGCCCUCCACAUCGGUGGCCGAAAGCGAGGCGGAAUACAAGUCGAGGGACGAGGAAGAAGGAGACCAAGACGGAGACCAAGCGAGGGGAGGCGCAAGGGGAAGCAAGGCCUUUGGGAUGGAAGCCCCCAGCAGCCAGGCGACGCUUCUCUCGGCCCUCCAGCUCUACACGAGGCACCUCUUCCUCCCGGCCAUUUCGUCGGCGGCGGUGUCCUCCGAGGCAGCGGAAGCCAAGGACGAACCGGAGGCGUCCAAGGGCAAAACGAAAACCAAGGCCAAGAGCGCCAGCAACACGGCCAUUCUUCAGGACAAGAUCCGCGAGCUCGACGUGGCGAUCCACCAGUCCCAGAGGUCGGCCAAGCUGCCGAGCGUCCAGCUGGGGAUCGAUCCGCUCCUCUCGAGGGUGGUGGAAUCCUCGCAGCUCACCGAGGUCUCGGGAAACGUCGACUGGGCCAGGCUGGGCCUGGAGGACAAGCUCCAGGACGAUUCCUACCUCAACGACCUGCAGUCGGGAGUCAGCGGCUGGAUCGGACAGAUCCGAAAGCUCACCGUCCUGCCCCGGACGACGCCCUUUCCGAUGAUCUCGGACGGACCCGAGGCUUCCAGCGGGGCGGGGGCCGACCUGGAGGAAAUGGCCUUUUGGAACCAGCUCCACGGAGAGCUGGGCCGCGUCAAGCUGCAGCUCAAGUCGCCGGGCGUCGAGCUCACCCUGGCCAUGCUCCGGGAGGCCAAGCGCUUCGUCGCCACGCUGGCCCUGGAGCAGAACACGGGCCUCGACUCGGCGACGGCCUACGCCAGGGACGUCGAGCACUUUCUCAAGCCCUACCCGGUGGCGGACUUUGCCUCGGCGAGGGACUUUGACAAGAUCGGCCUGGUACUCAACGGGGCCUUUGACCACCUGCCCAAGAUCCGACAGUCGCGCUACUACUCCCUCGAGCGGACCGCGCAGCUCCUCUCGGCCACCACCCUCACGAUGCGGAGGGCGAUGGAGCGCAUCCUCCGGGAGAAGCACUCCAACACCCUGCUCUUUAUGGACUACAAGGACUACGAGGCGAGCGUCCGCUACCCGACCCAGGACGUUUUUGUCCAGUUCGACGACCGCAUGGAGGAGUUCCGGGAGUUCUUUCUGGAACAGGGAAGGAGGCGCAACAAGCUCGGGGCGGGCAGCGGUCCCGGCGCCGGAAGCGCCGCCACCGCGACCCCGUCCAAGAUCCUGGAGCGGCUGACCCUCUACCAGAAACCCCUGGAGGCCCGCCUCGACCAGAUCCACGAGUUCCGCUCGGGCCACGAGCGGUUGCGGCAGGUCGUCCUGCAGGUCCUCAAGCGGGAGGGCAGCGAAACGGCCAUCGAGGAACUCGUCGUCGCGGCCGAGCCGUCCUCCGAGGACGGGGAGGAGGGAGCCGCCUCCAUCGACGAGACGGCCAACGCCAUCCAGACGGUGGAAAACGCCCCCCGUCUCUUGUUCUCCUCGCUCGACGUCCUGGACCUCUCGCCCGGCGGGACCAAGGCCCUCGAAUCGGCGCUCGAGGAAUACGACCUCCGGAUGGACGCGAUGGAGGAGCGACUCGCCAAGCUACUCCGCGACAAGCUCACGGCCUGCGUCGACGCCGAGGACAUGUUCCGGGUCUUUCGCCGCUUCAACCCGCUCCUGGCCAGGACCCGGGUGCGGAUCGCCGUCAAGGAAUUCCAGGUGCAGCUCAUCGCCACCGUUUCCAAGGCCGUGGAAAAACUCCAGUCCAAGUUUGUCCUCAAGUACGAGUCCUCCUCGGCGGCACGGAUCUCCAAGCUCAAGGGGAUCCCGCCGGUCUCGGGAAAGAUCCUCUGGGCCAAGCAGAUGGAGCGGCAGGUCCACGCGCUGAUGGAGCGCUGCUCCCAGGUCCUCGGACCCAACUGGGGGGCCCAGCUCGAGGGCCGCCAGCUGCGCAAAUCCGGGGACGAGCUCCUGGCCAAGCUGGACGCCAGGGCCUUUUUCCGGAACUGGGUGACGGCCUGGGAAAAGGAGCUCACCGUACAGGCCAGCUCGCGCCUCAACUCCUACCCGAUCGUCGUCGAAAAGGACGUCCGGACCAGCGAGCUGGUGGCCACGGUCAACUUUCCAGAAAAAUCCGAGACCCUCGCCAAGGAAAUCCGCCAGCUCAAGUGGCUCGGCUUUGGCAAGGAAAUCCCCCGGUCCGUCCUGGCGGCCUGCGACGAGGCCAAGCAGAAGUACCCCUUUGCGAUCGCCAUCAAGACGGCGCUCCGGUCCUACCAGUCCGUGAGGGGCCUCGUCUCUCCGGCGCUGGAACCACUCGUGAUGCCACAGCUCCUGGACGUUCGCGAAAUCGUCGCGGAGGGAUUCGAGGUCAAGCUCGACACCUCCAAGGCCGUCUCCAAGAAGCGGCGCAUCCGCUGGGAUUCCACCCCCAAGGAGCUCUCGGAGUGGGUCACCCGCCUGUCGGACGCCGUCACGAAGCUCGAGGAACGCGUCGAGGAGCUCCUCAUCACCUGCGACAAGGUCGACCACGCCAUUUCCAGGCUCGAAACGAUCGACUACGACGCGAAGAAAUUCGGCGCCAUUGUCGCGGCCAUCCAGAAACACAUCGACGACAUGUCCCUCGGUGGAUACCCGCAGCUCGCCGGAUGGGUCAGGGUUCUCGACGACCGGCUGGCGGUGGUCCUUGCCGACCGAUUGUCGCAGGCGCUGGAGCGCUGGAACCACACCUUCCGUACCAUCCAAUACGACAACGACGGGAAGGAGAUUGUUGCCGGGGGAGACGAAGCCGAGAAGAGCGAUUCCGAGAAAAAAGCCCCGGUCCACGUCCCGACCAUUUCGAUCGAGAUCUUGCUCCGCAACCAAGAAAUCUCCUCGGUUCCGGCCGUUCCCACCUGCCGGAGCCUGGUCCUCAACCGGCUCCACGCCUUUAUCGGUAUCGUCUGCAACCUUCCCCGUCCCAAGAGCGGUCGCUACGAAGUCUUUGGCGAUGGAUCGACCGGGGAGCAGUCGGCGGCCGAAACCUUUGACCGCGUCAUCUCCAUGGUUCCCCCCGCCAUCACGGCCAGGGCCUACGAAUUGGCGGAGGCCCGGGUCAUCGACAUGGCCGCCUUUGUCGACCAGUGGCUUGCCUACCAGACCCUCUGGGACACCCAGGUCGCCGACGUCGCCACCUCUGUCGGGAACGACAUUGAGCAGUGGCAGCGGCUCCUCCUGGAAUCCGCGGAAGCGCGAUCGGCGGUGGACAUGUCGGCCACCUCGUCGGAAUUCGGACCGGUAGUCGUGAACUACAACAAGGUCCAGUCCCAGAUCACCCUCAAGUACGAUUCGUGGCAGAAGGAGCUGCAGUCCUCCUUUGCGGGAAUCCUGGGCCAGUGCAUCCAGGCAUCCCAUGCGAAGAUGGUGGACGCCAAGCUGCGGCUCGAGGCGGCCACCCUCGAAUCGUCCAGUGGAACGGAGAACAUUGUGCUGGGGGUCACGUUCAUCCAAGAAAUGAAAAAGAACGUUGACUCGUGGACACAGGAACUGGACCAGCUGGAGGCAUCGGAACGAUUGAUCAAGAGACAGCGCUUCCAUUUCGGCAGCGACUGGAUGGAAUCUACCGUGGUCAGGGGACAGUUCGAUCUCGUCAAGCAGAUCCUGGGUCGGAGGAUUACCUCAAUGGAGCAGCAAUUCCCCUUGCUGCAGGCUCGCGUUUCCGCCGAGGAAAAAUCGGCCGCCAAGAGAUCCGUCGACCUGGUCGCCGACUGGGGCAGGGACAAACCGCUCCGGGGCAACAUGUCACCGGCGGAUGCCAUGAACCUCUUGGCCAAGUUCGAGACGGAUCUGAAAAAGGCCCAGACGCACCAAGAAAAUCUCGUCAAGGCCAAGGACGCCCUCGGACUGGAACACACCGCCGAGAGCAAUGCCGUCUCGGAAUGCGUUGAGGAGCUGACGGACUUGAAGGAAGUAUGGGGUGCGGUGAGCAAACCCCACGACCAACUCCAAACCAUCAAGGACAUGGUGUGGUCUUCCGCGGUGAUGCGAAAGGUCCGCCGGGCCUUGGACGAUCUCUUGGCGGAAAUGAGAUCGAUGCCGAACCGCAUUCGGCAAUACGAACCAUACAUUGCGCUCCACGACGAAGUCAAGGGCUACAUCGGUGGACACGGUUUGCUAUCGGAGCUGAAGACCGAGGCACUCAAGGAACGCCACUGGAAGAAAAUCCUGAAGACGCUUGGCAUCACGCUAGUGUAUUCUCAGCUGAGCAUUGGAGUGCUGUGGGACAAGGGGAUCCUUACCCGCAAGAAGGAAGUGGGAGAGAUCUUGACGGUUGCGCAGUAAGUACAAAAAAGUCGUUGUUGCGAUGCGGAGUAGCAUUCUGUACAUUCGAACGAGUAGUGCCCCUGGACCAGUGCGUGAUUUGUUGUCCGCCCGUGAACCAUGGAAGAUUACUCUCCUUGCACUAUUCGAAUACACUAAACAGUUUCUUCUGAUUUGUUGCUUCAUUCCCGCACCGCAACACACCACAACAAUCAAAGAGGCGAGAUGGCGCUCGAACAAUUUCUCGGACAGGUCCGUGAUCGCUGGAUGAAGCAGGAACUGGAACUGGUCCUAUUCCAAAACCGAGUUCGGUUGAUUCGAGGAUGGGACGAUUUGUUUGAUAGCCUCGACGAUCACAUUAGUGGAUUGGCUCUUAUGAAGAGCUCUCCGUAUUACAGAGCCGUGAGAGAAUUCCAGGAGGAAGGAAAAUUAUGGGAAGGCCGCUUGACGCAGCUUCGAGCUGCUUUUGAUGUUUGGAUCGACGUCCAGAGAAGAUGGGUUUACUUGGAGGGUAUUCUUUUCGGAAGCUCCGAUAUCAAGGCCCAGCUACCAUCGGAGUGGUCCCGAUUCAAGAGUGUCGACACAGAAUUCAUUGCUCUCAUGCGUCGCAUCGCCGCCCGCCCGUUUGCGAUGGAGGUUUUGAGCAUCGAAAACGUACAGCGGACGCUUGAACGCCUCGGAAACUUGAUGACGGUGAUUCAAAAGGCUCUGGGAGAAUACUUGGAGAAACAACGACGUGAAUUCGCCCGUUUCUAUUUCCUUGGUGACGACGAUCUGCUCGAGAUCUUGGGAAAUUCCAGCGAACCUGGAAAAGUCCUCGGUCACGUUUCGAAAAUGUUUGCUGGAAUCAAUUCAGCGAGAAUUUCGACUACCGAUCUACCCGAAGAUACGCUUGCUGUUCUGGAUGCGAUGGUGAGCAAAGAUGGAGAAGUAGUUCCGUUCCACGAGCCAAUUACGAUCAUGCACAGCACCAAUGUAAAAGAAUGGCUGAAAGAGAUGGAAAGCAAAAUGAAGAACACUCUUGCUCUUCUUCUCGAGCAAGCCAUCUCAGAAGACAAGGCUGAGGCAACAGACAAAGAUGCUUUCGUAAAUUGGGCAACGAAGUUUCCCGCCCAAGUCAUGAUCCUCGCCACCCAGAUCAACUGGAGUAUGGGCGUGGACGAAGCUCUAAAAAGCGAUGAUACCCAAGCUGCAUUGAAUGAACGCCUCAAGUCGCUUGAAGCGAAGCUUUCGGUAAUGGCAGAAACCGUUCUUUUGGAACUUCCAGCCGAUAAUCGAAAGAAAUUCGAGCAAAUGAUCACAGAACUGGUACACCAGAGGGAUGUCGUUAGGGAUUUGAUGAAGGAAAAUGUUUGCAGCGCGACUGAUUUCCGUUGGCUGUACCAUCUCCGUUACACUUACAACCCAGAUGCUCCUGAAUUGACGGAAAAGUUGAAGAUCUCGCUUUCGAACGCAGACUUUUAUUACGGCUUCGAGUACCUAGGUAUUGGCGAACGUUUGGUUCAGACUCCUCUGACGGACAAGGCUUACCUUACCUUAACACAGGCCCUGCAUUACAGAAUGGGAGGAUCUCCGUUUGGCCCAGCCGGUACAGGAAAAACAGAAACGGUCAAGGCACUAGGGGCCCAACUCGGUAGAUUUGUUCUGGUGUUCAAUUGUGACGAAGCCUUUGAUUUUAGCGCUAUGGGACGUAUUUUUGCCGGUCUUUGCCAGGUGGGAGCUUGGGGAUGUUUUGAUGAAUUCAAUCGUCUCGAAGAAGGAAUUCUGAGUGCUGUUAGUCAGCAAAUUCUCGGUAUUCAGCAAGGAUUGUUAAACAAUUCGCCUCAUAUUGACUUGCUCGGUCGAAGUGUCCGAUUGGAUCAAAACAUGGCAACUUUCAUUACAAUGAAUCCAGGAUACGCAGGUCGUAGCAACCUGCCUGACAACCUGAAGACGUUGUUCCGAUCGGUGGCCAUGGUUGUACCCGACCGCAAACUCAUUGCUCAGGUGAUGCUUUACAGCCAAGGAAUCGUAACAGCGGAGCAGCUAGCCCCCAAUGUCGUCGAUUUGUUCUUACAAUGCGAAGCCCGAAUGACCAAGCAACGGCACUACGAUUUUGGACUUCGUGCAUUGAAAACUUUGCUCGUUAGUGCGGGUGGUCUCAAGCGAAAGGCAAUCGAAGGAAAAGAGGACUUCGAUUUGGCCUUGGAAGAGAAAGAGGCCCUCAUCAUGGGGGCAUGCAACAACAUUGUUCCGAAACUUGUGGCGGAAGAUGUUUCCACAUUCUCGGAAAUACUCAAGGAUGUUUUCCCAGGAGCCGAGGUCUCAUCCAUGGAAGAUGACGCGCUAAGAGAACAAAUGGUGAACAUUUGCGAGGAAAGAGGUCUUGUCGCCGAUGAAAGAUUUUUGCAGAAGAUGUUACAACUUAAUCAAGUCAUCGCAUCGAGACAUGGUAUUAUGGUAGUAGGAAAGAGCUGUGUCGGGAAGGUAAGAUAUUCAUGGGAUUCUCAAUUGUAACACGAAUUGUUUUUGUUUUGGAUCUUUCUCUAAUGUUAACACUUCUUCGCUUUCUGCUUCAAUCUAAAGUCUACCGCACUAAGUGUUCUACUUGAGAGUAUGGAGAAGGUGGACGGUGUCAAAGGAGAAAUUUAUAAUAUUGAUCCAAAGGCGAUCGAAAAGGAGAAACUAUAUGGAGAUCUUGAUGGAACAACGCUCGAGUGGACCGAUGGUAUUUUCACAAGCCUCCUUCGAAAGAUUUUGGAUAACCAGAAGGGAGAAUCGGAAAGACGGCAUUGGAUUGUCUUUGACGGUGAUGUAGAUCCAGAAUGUAAGUUGACGAAUUUAUCGGAGAUGAGAUGUAAUGACACAAAUUGAAUUUGCUGAUUAUGGAAUAUUCAACUUCUCUUCUUUCCGUUUUUGACAGGGGCCGAAAAUCUCAACUCUGUAUUGGAUGAUAACAAAAUGUUGACCCUUCCGAGCGGUGAGCGUCUAGGUAUUCCGAAGAAUAUUCGAAUUAUUCUCGAGGUCGAUAGUCUGAAUUUUGCAACUCCGGCGACGGUUUCGAGAUGCGGGAUGGUAUUCUUCAACGAAAAUACUAUUUCGACUGAAAUGAAUCUUGAGUAUAUGAUGUCGUCGUUAAAGAAUGCAGACCUAGGGAGAGGCGGCGGUACUUCGACUCAAAUCCUUUUCUUACAGAGCAUUCAAUCACUAGUCAUCUCUGAUAGAACAUCUUCUCUUGUCAUGGAUGCCCUCGAGUUCGCGAUGCAAGAAACCCACAUUAUGGAUGCGAGUAGUGGCCGAUCUUUGCACACGCUGAAGACACUUCUUCUGCAAGGCAUAGGACAGGCUGUUGAAUACGAUGAAAACCAUCCUGACUUCCCAAUGACUGGUGAACAUAUGGAAAAAUUCGCUCGGCGAUGGCUGUUGCACUCUCUAAUGUGGUCAUUUGUCAGUGGUGCCUCGUGGGAUGUCCGCAAGAAGUUUGGGGAUAUGCUUUUAAGAACGAGUGGGAUUGAUCUUCCAUCAUCAGAGAAAUCAGUUGUAGAUUACCGAGUUCGGGUCCAAGAUGGAGAAUACGAGCUUUGGAGUGAUAGUGUUCCUAGAAUGGAGAUUGAGAGUCAUAGAGUGAAUGCGACAGAUCUUGUGAUCACAACUACCGACACAGUCCGUCACACCGAUGUCCUAGGAGCGUGGAUGAACAGUCGAACGCCUUUGAUCCUUUGUGGUCCCCCUGGUAGUGGUAAAACCAUGACUCUUACCAGUGUUCUUCAGUCGAUGCAAGGCGUUGUGUUCACCAGCCUGAACUUUUCGAGUCAUACAACACCAGAUAUUAUAUUGAAAUCGUUCCAGCAAUAUUGCAAAUAUGUGCGUCGUGGUCGAGAGCUUUUUCUGGAACCAGCAGAGAGUUUGGGCUCCGAUGUAUGGCUUGUUGUCUUUUGUGACGAGAUCAAUCUUCCUCAAGAAGAUACGUAUGGCACGCAACGCGUCAUCAUGUUCAUGCGCCAACUUGUUGAGCAAGGUGGCUUUUGGAGGGAGGACAACGUUUGGAUCAAAAUCAACCGUAUUCAAUUCGUGGGUGCGUGCAAUCCUCCAUCUGAUGCCGGUCGUGUCGAGAUGUCCCAUCGUUUCCUAAGGCACGUUCCCUUGCUUCUGGUUGACUUCCCGGAGACUGAUUCUUUGAUGCAAAUUUAUCAUACCUUCAAUGGCGGGAUGAUGAAACUCUUUCCCAAUUUACGUGGAGAAACCGACUCUAUGACCGAAGCUAUGAUCGAAGUCUACUCAGAGAAUCAGAAACGAUUCACAGCACAGCAGCAGCCACAAUACAUUUAUUCGCCUCGUGAGCUAUCACGAUGGGUCCGAGGUAUCUACGAAGCUGUUGUUCACAUGGACGCCGGCCUCUCAAAAGAAGAACUUUGUCGAAUUUGGGCCCACGAAGGCCUGCGUCUUUUCUGUGAUCGAUUGGUUGAGGACGAAGAUAGGAAGUGGUGUCACGAUAAGAUCGAUGAAGUCGCCCGCAAAUGGUUUGCCGGAGUAGACUUCGACAUCGCUUUGAAACGGCCUAUCUUCUACACUACGUGGCUCAGUAAAGAAACGAAGAAGGUCGAACGAGAAGAACUAAAGGAAUUCCUUGCUGCUCGUUUGAGGGUUUUCUACGAAGAGAUGUUGGACGUAAAGUUAGUCAUUUUUGAUGAAGUCUUGGAGCACAUUCUUCGAAUCGAUCGGGUGCUUCGACAGCCAAUGGGGCAUCUUUUACUUUGCGGAGAUGCAGGUGCUGGAAAAACUGUCUUGACAAAAUUCGUUAGGUGAGAAUCGAAUCUUGGUGCUGCUUUUGUUUUCUUUGCUCCCGCGUAUUUACCUUUGGUUGUUGGAAUUCACUUCCUCAAUCAUUGAAUUUCUUUUCAAAUUAAAGUUGGAUGAACGGUUUAAGUGUUUUUCAAAUCAAGGCGCAUUCAAAAUAUGGAUUGGCUGAUUUUUAUGAAGACCUCCGGGAUGUUAUGAAACGCGUUGCGUUGAAGGGAGAGAAAAUCUGCUUUAUCUUCGAUGAAGCAAAUUGUCUGAACACAUCCUUCAUCGAAGCCAUGAAUGCUUUGCUGGCUAGUGGAGAAGUACCUGGUCUUUUUGAAGGCGAUGAAUACAAUGCGCUUAUGAAUUCAUGCAGAGAUAGUGCGCUAAAAGAAGGUAUCAUUCUUGACAGCGAAGAAGAGCUAUGGAAUCGAUUCACUAAUCUUGUGCAGCGAAAUCUUCACGUUGUUUUCACUAUGAAUCCAAGUGGUGGCGAUUGGAAGAACCGUUCUACCACGAGUCCAGCUUUGUUCAACCGUUGUGUCGUUGACUGGUUUGGCACUUGGGGAAGCAAGGCAAUGGCCGAAGUGGGAAAAGAGUUUACAAUCAAAAUCGAUAUGGGUGAUCUAGGCGGUUACUCAUAUGGCCUCGGCGAAGGUGCUGCCCUUAUGGAGCGUGUGUCGGAAGUUUUCGAUGGAAACAGUGGUUUACGACAAGCAGUGGUAGCAGCUCUUGUGGAUUUGCAUCUCAUCGCAAAGCAAACUGCCGAAGAUGCCUCAAACCAACCAAGUAGUGUUAGUAGGACCUUCCUAUCUCCAAGAGAUUAUCUUACGUUGAUUCAAAAUUUUGUUUCUUGCUUGAAUAAGCGACGCGAAGAGGUGGAAGAUGAGCAGCUUCACGUCAACGCCGGUUUGCAAAAACUAGUUCAGACGCAGGAAAAUGUUGCUGAGCUCAAGAAGAGUCUUGGAGAAAAAACCCACGUUCUUCGCGAAAAGGAAAAACAAGCCAACGAGAAGCUCCAGCAGAUGGUUGCAGAUCAAAAUGUGGCCGAGAAACGGAAGGAGGAAGCUGAAAAAAUGAGCGAAGCUGUUCAAAAGCAGCAGGCGCGAAUCAACGAACGAAAGGAUGAGGCACAGCGCGAUCUUGACGAGGCUGAACCAGCUCUCCGAGCUGCGCAAGCAAGUGUUCAGGGAAUCAAGAAACGAGACCUCGAUGAGAUUAAGGCGUUGGCUCGUCCUCCAGACAAUGUCCGAUUGACUUUGGAAUGCGUUGCAAUUAUGCUUGGCGAGACCAAGGUGGAAUGGGGACAUGUGCGCAAACUCUUGGCAAAAUCUGAAUUCAUUCCAAGUAUUUUGAAUUUCAAUGCCAACUCACUUUCUCCCAGGCAAACUAAGCUCGUUCGUGAAAAGUAUCUAGACGGCAAUCCGGAUCUUUCCGUGGAAAAGGUUAGGAAGAGUAGUGUAGCGUGUGGCCCCCUUUAUUCAUGGGCAGAGUCUUUGGUUAAGUAUUCAACCGUCUACAACCGCAUCCAACCGCUUCGUGACGAAGUAGAACAGCUCGAGAAGGAUUCUUCUGAGGUGAAAGAAAAGCUAGAGGAAGUCACUAGUGAAGUUGAAUCUCUUGAAAACUCGAUUGCUCAAUACAAAGAUGAUUACGCAACGCUAAUCCGAGAUGUGGAAGCCCUGAAGAGUGAAAUGCAGUCGGUUUCGACAAAAGUUGAUCGCGCUGAGAGCCUUUUGAAAUCACUGGGUCACGAGAGCGAGCGCUGGGAAAAGAGUGCAGAAGGAUUUCAAUCCAUUUUGCGUAGUCUUGUUGGUGAUAGUCUGGUACUCGCCGCGUUCCUCACUUAUUCCGGUUUCUUCGACUUCAAGAAUAGAUUGGUCAUGAUGGAGAAGUGGAAGCACACACUCGAAAUUCUUGGAAUUGAGUGUCACGAUGACCUAGGAAUUGUCGAAUCACUGAGCACUGGAAAGCAACGAGUCGAAUGGCAAUCCCAGGGUUUACUCAGCGAUCAACUCAGUAUGGAAAACGGAGUUAUUCUCGAUCACGCUGUUCGAUUUCCUCUGUUGAUCGAUCCCUCGGGAGAUGCCAUUAACUUCCUGAUGAAAAAGCUCGAGGCGAAAAAGAUUCAGAAGACAAGUUUCCUUGAUAAAGCAUUCGUCAAAACCCUUGCAGGUGCCGUUCGUUUUGGAACGGCAUUGCUCGUUGAAAAUGUUGAACAAAUCGACCCCAUUCUCAAUCCAUUGUUGAAUAAGGAACUUCAAAGAACUGGAGGUCGUACACUAGUCCGAAUUGGUACAGAAGAUAUUGAUUACAGUCCCGACUUUAUGAUUGUACUCAGCACUAAGAAUCCAGCGGUGCACCUCACUCCGGAUGUUUGUUCUCGUGUUACUUUGGCAAACUUCACCGUCACUCCAGCUAGUCUACAAAGCCAGAGUCUUAGCAAGGUACUCAGCUACGAGAAACCUGAAUUGGAAACGAAACGCGCUGCUGUCUUGAAACUCCAAGGGGAACAGAACGUUAAACUCCGUGAGCUUGAAGACCAGAUGUUGGCGAAAAUCAGUGCGUGCGAGGGCAGUAUUUUGGAAGAUGAUGAGGUUGUGACUGGUAUGGAAGUAUUGAUGAAGGAGGGUGCACAAGUGGAAGAACAAAUCGCAGAGAGUGACAAGGUGAUGGCCCAAGUGCAUCUAGCCGUUGGUGAAUUCGAACCGUUUGCUGCAAUUUGCCGAAAAGUAUUUGUUUUGUUAGGUGCACUUCGUGGAAUUAGUUUCCUCUACGAGUUCUCUUCAAACACUUUCAUGACCAUUUUGACGCACGUCCUUGAGGAAAAUAAACCGGGUAAGGAUGAAACAGCAUCUUCGGAAACCCAACGACUUGCGGCAUUGAAAAAAUCUCUUUUCAACGAACUCGUCGCUCGGGUAGCUCGCGGUCUGAAGUCCAACGACAAGGUAGCUUUCUCUGUCCUUUUGGCCCGCCUGUUCACGUCCGACGAUUCUAUUGGUUCUGCGGAGGGUGGAUCGACCGAUGAGUACAUUUCUGCUUUCACGCAUGUUUUUGGCGACAAAUUUCAAUGGCAAGGCCGCGACGAACUCCAUGCAGUUGUCGAAGAGAUUGAUGCUAUCUCUCCGCUGUUGAUUUGCAGCGCACCGGGAUACGAUGUUUCCGGACGAGUAGAGAGCAUGGCACGCGAAAUGAAAAAGGAACUGAAAUCCGUUGCCAUGGGAAGUUCGGAAGGAUUUGAAAUUGCGGAAUCUUUGGUAACAGCUGCGGCAAAGAGAGGAACGUGGGUGAUGUUGAAGAAUGUGCAUUUGUGCACAGAUUGGUUGAGCGAGACCUUUGUGAAGAAGCUUCAAACAUUUGGCCAGUCGACUAACAACGAUUUUAGGCUUUUUAUCACGAGUGAAAUCAGUCCGAAACUCCCUACUGCAUUGUUGCGACUGAGUGAUGUCAUCGUAGCCGAAGCCAGUAGUGGUAUCAGGGCAUCGAUGACAAGAUUCAUGUCUACGUUUUCGAAAAACCGCCUUGAUGAGAGUCUGAUUCGAAACCGAUUGUAUUUGUUGGUUGCUUGGACGCAUGCUGUUCUUGAAGAACGAGUUCGAUACGGUUGGACUUACGAGCUUGCUGAAGCCGAUUCUUUCAAUGCUCUCAAGGUUAUCGACAAUUUUAUUGAUACCCAAAUGAAGAAUCCCGAUCAAAUUCCCUUCGAUGCUUUGUGCACCACUUUGAAGCUCGACGUAUUUGGUUCCAGAAUUGCGGUUACCGAGGACCAAGAAAUCUUGAGUACCAUGAUUGAUUCCAUUUUCAAAAAGGACGCGUUCGAUUUGCAAUUCCCAUUGGUUCCCGCCAUCGGCGCUGACAGCCCUGUUCUCCCCGAUUCGUGUUCCCAAGAAGACAUGGCUUCGUGGAUUUCAGGCUUGCCUUCGCACACUCUGCCCACAUGGGUUGGAUUGGGAGAAGAGGCAGAAGCUGGACUCGAAAAGAUCAAGGCAAAUUACAUCCACUCGGCAAUAGAGAAAGUCUCGACUGCAAUUGCCGCAACGAGUGGCAAGUAAGUUGCAAGUGUGAGUGCAAAGUUAGUAACACGAUGUUGAUAAAUUAAACCAAAGAAUUCAC